CAGAGCAUGAUGACCUCAGCCACUAUCAAGUGAGGCUGUAAUGUCUUGUAGUAUUCCCUUCAGGUAAGUUAAGUAAGGGUUUCAUCUCAGAAAAAAAGGCUUUUUGGAGUGGGUGGUCUCAGAACAAAGACCGAGGACUGAAUAAAGUCUCCAUCUGGGAGUCAAACCCAUGCAGAUAGACCUCUACAUCUGCACAGAGUUCCACUGAAGAAUCACCACCAAGCUGGAACAAACAAGUAAAAGCAUUGACUCAAGUGCCCACAUGAUCACCACUGCCAGGGUACCUGCUGAUAAACCAGUGCGAAUUGCCUUCAGCCUGAAUGACUCCUCAGAUGAUGCUUCUUCUGAAAACUUUCCUUUGGCAUUUCCCGAACUAGAUCAGCAGCUGCAGCCACUGCCUCCUUGUCAUGAUUCUAAGGAAUCUAUGCAGGUAUACAAACAGCACUGCAAAAUAGCAGAAGAAUACCAUGAAGUCAAGAAAGAAAUUGCUUUAUUGGAAGAAAGAAAAAAGGAGCUGAUUGCCAGGCUGGAAGAAGUGGAAAAGGAAAGCAUGGACGCUGCUCAGCUGGCUAAGGAGUACGCAGAACUGACAGAGGAGAACCGAACACUGAAGCUGGCCCAGACACAGUGUGUAGAACAACUGGAAAAGCUCAGGAUACAGUACCAAAAAAGACAGGGGUCCUCAUAACUCUCAGCUAGCUUAUGUGAGGCAGGGUUGGUCCUGUGCUGGAAAGAGAUUUUAAAAUAAAGGUCUAUUUAAUAUGUUAUAAUACUUUACUACAGAUACAGAGUAUGUGGAAGUCUAUAUUUGAUUUAAUGCUUGUCAGCCAGUAGCUUAAUAUAAUGGAUAUUUCAUCCAUUAUAUAAUGGAUAUUUUAUUUUGAGUAACAUAAUUGAAGUUAAUUUAUCCCCAUUAUAUGUUCUAGUAGAUCAGGUUUCUUUUCUAAACAUAUUUCUUCCAAUUUAAGAAGAUAUGAACACACUAGAGAAUGAUAUAAAUAGUCUCUGUGUUGGGAAUUUGGACCAUACUAAGGCAUACAGCAGGGACAGUGUUAAUAUAUGGCAUACAUGUAUGUUAAUUUUAGUUUGCUGAAGAUCUUUUUAAAUUAUUUUGCUCAUGCCUAGAGUGUUUGGAAGUUAUCUUAAAACAGAUCUCCUCACUGGUAAAAACUAUGCUUUGUUAUCCCAUGUCAACUUUACAUGAGAAAUUGCAUAUUAAAAAUUAAAGUAACAUACUUUUUUUUUUUAAUCAAAUGAAGGUAAUGCCAGAAAUGACUGGCAAGUUAUGAAAUUAAAAGGAGAGAGGUAAGAUCAAAUUUUCCUUCCUCACAUGUAAAGACAGAUGAAAGUAUUUUAUUGUGCUUUUUUGUCAUACAAGAAAUGAAAAAUUAAUAUAUGGAUAGUACUGUCAAAUAUUCAGCUAUGUCAGUAAAAGUACUGUGAUGGUAUUUUGUUCUUUUCAAAUCUAUUUUGAAACACGAGUAGCUAUAAGGAGGGACAGGAGUUCUGUGAUAUACAAAUAACCCUGAAGUAAAAGGUUAGCUGCACUUGUUCUAUUUAUCCCCGUAUUUUCCUAGAUCAACUGAAAAUUCUUUGUUAUACUUCCAUUUCUAUUCAUACAGUAUUUUUUUCAUUAAAAGUGGAUAUAGAAAAGCCA